AUGACCUCGAUUUUCGACUGUGUGGGAGACUGCACGCUAUGCCUCCCGAGUGACAACAGCACGCACGUCGACGACUCUGCCACCCCCAGCAGACGGAGAUGGGAGCAGGAGAGAGAGGCCGAGUAUGGCCAUUCGUAUGCCUCCAGCGGGCAUUCUUCCGGACAGGUGCGCUAG